ACAGCAUUGGCGGUGGGCAGGGAGCUGAAGAGGAUAUGAGGAGCAAUUGUGGAAGAGGGCUCAGUCCGACCUUGUCUGGCUCACAGUUCCGCGUGUGGUUGUGCGUAAACGCAGCUAAAAUAGUUGGCGGCGUUUAAAGCCCCUUCAGGCGCGUACAACUUUGGCUCUCAUUCAUGUUUUUUUUUCGCAACACAUUCACGUCUGGGUGUUGUGCACAGGACAAGCUCUUCCGCAUAUUGGAUUUCAAUGCAAAGAGAAGGUCGCCAACGUCCAUCUAAGGAUUCGGGAAAUGAAGACAGCUACUGACACGGACUCAGUAUUAUUUUUACUUUUGAAACGUUUUUCUGCGCAGUUUUGAUUAAGGGAUUUUCUUCAACUCGCGAAGCAUUUGCUCCCUGUGUGGGAUUACUCGUUGCAUUGCUUGUAUUUGAAUGUAAUUGAGUUUUGGAUACGCCUGUGCUGUGCAUUGUACAGUGCAUACAUUCGAUCACGAUGUAUUUAAUUUAGGACAACCUCUUUCUAUACAAAGUGCCAAAUUAAGCCGGAAUGGCGAACGAGUGUAAUCGCAACAUUGUGGAAAAGUACAUCUGCCAUAAACUCUCCAAACGGGGCUACGUGUUUGGAUUUGAUGAUGUCCGGGAUGAAGAUGCUGCUAAUAAUGGGUCAAUAGUUGUCCCUCCACCGAGUUUGGUUCGCCGGUGCCGUGAAGGCAGCACUGGGCCUGACAGCGAGAGCAUCCCUCACCUCUGCAAACGGCUCCCCCAGUCCGACCCGACCGCCGCCAUCCACAGAGUUCUCCGCGAGGCUGGAGACGAACUUGAGAGACUAUACCAGCCGGACUUCACGGAGAUGUCGCGGCAACUGUAUCUCACCUCCACCACGGCGCAAAGGAGAUUCGCCGAGGUGAUCGACGAACUGUUCCGGGACGGGGUGAACUGGGGCCGGAUUAUCGCUUUCUUCGAGUUCGGGGGCACGGUGUGCGUGGAGUGCGCCGCCAAAGAGGAGAUGACAUCACAGGUGGACAACAUCGCCGAGUGGAUGACUGAGUAUCUAAAUGGACCUCUAAACAGCUGGAUACAAGAUAACGGAGGAUGGGCUGCCUUUGUGGAGCUGUAUGACAGACAGAGGGACUCCCUCUUCAGCUGCUCCUGGCCCUCCAUUAAGACGGUCUUUGGCCUAGCUGCACUCGGGGCAGCUAGCCUCACCUUCGGAGCAUACCUGACACAGAAGUGAAAGAGCCCUCGUUCUACCAGCUUGACUUUAUUCCUCCUCCUCCUCCUCCUCCUCCUUCUUCUCCUUGUGCCUCUUCUUAUUUCUUUUUAUAGAUGCCCCUGACCCCUCAGAGACAACCUUCAGACUCUUUUGAAUCUGGCUCUCUUCAAAGCCCUCUCUCAGAAAUCUCCCUCUUCCUCGCCCCUACAUGUCAAAACAGACACAAAUCAAAACAGCUGAAGCAUCCAGAUGCACAACCCAUACAGAGCAAAGGACGUCUUGAAAAGAGGCAACUUAGAUGUAAUCACACUAAUUUGCUAAGUAGCCUACAACUGAGAAAUGAGGUGGCAUCAGUGGCAUGCAUUUUUGGGGGUUUUUGUUCUGCCUGCUUCUGUACUAGUUAUAGCAUGAAUGUUGAGUGUUUGUGUAGAUGUUGUUGCAUGUGUCAGAGCUCAUGCAGGACCUCUAUUUGGAGGCCUUGAUGAUGGGGGUGCAGGGACAACGAUGCUCUACACCGGAGAGCAAGCGGCCGCAAUCCCGCCCCUGCUUGUUAGGGUGAAGAACCCCGUUUUGAACUGUGUUGCCCCCCCUGCAGCCGUCCUUCAAAGGACUUCCUCCACAGAACAGCUGCUCAGAAUGUAUAAUGGAAAUGGCACGGUUUGUGUCUACUGCUUUCACUGCUUAGACAGCUCUAGUGAACUUUGAACACACUACACCAUUAUACUCUCCAUGGUCCUUAAUAUGUAGAGGAAGGGCCAGCGGAAGACUGAGGUCUGCUGAUAUUUCUUUUGCAGUUUAAAAGCUCCUCGAUUGAGAUUUUGAUGUUGGUUUUAAUUUUUGCAGCAUGCCAAACCCCAAAUUGUGUGGUUCUACCACAGAAAAAAGAGGAGAAUGGAGAAUUUUUUUAAGGACUGAAAAGCAUGCAGAAGAAGCCUGUCGUUGCAUAAAACCCAUAUGAUGAUGAAUAUACUGAGAAAAAUGUCAAGCGCAGCACAAAACAGUAAGGUAGAAGUAAAACAAAGCAUCUUAAAAAGGAAGCAAGCCCCUGCAACAUGAAUGGACGAGAUUUUAUAUGUGCAUUCCUCAAGCAAAGCGAUGUGAACGAGACCACUCCUCUGCUAAAAUUACUCUGCUUUAAAAGCACCAUCACUGUUCACAGAUUAGCACCAAGCAACCCUUAAAAACAUUUUGUUUUUCUAUUUUCUACCACUGUUUCUACCAGCUUUCUUACUCUUAACUCAGUCCAUUUGUGGUCAGAUUGUUUGGGCUCACCCAGGUCUCAGAGCUGACCCUGUCAUCCAGCUGCUGAGGCCCCGCAGUGACCUGGUACUGCUAGAAUCCACUCUGACAAAGACGCUUGUUGACGUGGACUGAGAAAGCCUCGCUUGGCCACAGAUGACUGAGUGGAAUACCAUGGCAGCAGGGUUUCAGUUUAGGACUAAAGCCAGUGUGUCCCAUGUGCUGGAACCUGAGAUGUCCCCUCUCUCCGGUCUGCAAAUGCAUUCAGUCAUUGAUUUGUUUUAUUGAUGUUUGUCUUGUGUUACAGUCUGACAGAAAAUUUGGAAAUGCUCACAGGCUUCAAAAUAUUUUGUUGUAGCCUGCACAACUUUAUUUGGUUAUGGAAAAGUGAUUUUUGUUUCUUUCUUAACUCUGUCAUUACAGAUCUUCACUUUCUUUGUUGCAUGGAUGAAAGAUACUGUCUUCACACGAGAAAUAUGUGUAACCAUAUUUAUAACAGAAUAGGGUAGAAGAUAACAAAUAACAGCAAAGGAGUUGCAUUUUGUCUAUUUAUUAAGAGGUACCAGAUCACAGAUUUUUUAACAGUAGCUACUUUGAUGAAAAAUAAAUAGUUUUCACUUUUUUUCUAUUCUAUUGAAUCACACUGUAACUACAUUUUUUUCCUGGCUGCUAUUCUAAUGAGAAAGAUGUUUUUUUUUAAAAAAAAAGUGAAUUUCUGUGUCGUAUUACUAUUGGCUUAAGGCUGCUUUACUGUAGAUUUAACUUUUAAUUAACAGCUUAAACUGCCACAGAUUUACAGUAUAGUUCUUGAGAGCUGGAAACCAAAGUUAACUUGUAUUAAUCUUUAAUUUAAAAAACAAAACAAACUAAAAAAGUAGCUUAAGGAGGAUACACGUCGCUUCACUUCACUGAGUCUAUUCAGUGAGGUUGUAUGAUCUCUCUGUGGAGGGUUUGUCUAGUGUUACUGUACUAUAUCAGCUUAACUUUUGUCAGCUUUGUGCUCCAAUGAUAACUCAGUGCUUAUCUGUAAAAUGUUGACCUGCCAGAGUUAAACCUUGUCUCAGUUGUCCCACUCUCAUUACAGCAGCUCACAGUUGUGUCAUAUAGUGAUGUGUGUGUGAGAACCAGAAGGCUAUUUAUGAGCAGGAGUAGGAACAGUUCAACAGCAAUAUAGUGUAAUUUUUAUAUUCUCUGUGCAUAAUAUAUGAAUGUAGACGCCAUGGUUGCUACUGUUUUAUGUCUAUAAUCACAAACCUGUAGCACUUAAAAAAGUGAAUUGUGUUUCUGUUGUUUACUGCUAUAUCCACAAUAAGCUAUUGGGAUCAUAUUGUUCCUAAUAAACCAGAUUUCUCAAGCAGCUGCA